GUCUCGAUUCCCCUCUCUCUCUGUGUGUGUGUGCCUUUUCCGUUUAAUCUGCAUACUUUCGGCUCUUUUUGACAAGACUUAAUCCACAAAGAGAGCGAGAGACUGAGAGAAAAGAAUAGAUACGCCCUUUUUUUUCCCUUUUCUUCUUCUUCUUCUUCUUUGUUUCCUCCUCCAACCCUUUUCUGUCUUUGAAAAAAAAACCCCACAAUCAAUGCUUUUUGGCCCUCCUCAGAAAACACUGAAAAAGUCGCUCCACACCGUACUCGAUAAUGCGUUAGAAUACGUUGCCGACGUUUGCUUUGAGUUUCCAGAAGUCAAAGUAUGGGCUCAUCGUGCCAUUCUGCGUGCACGCAUUCCUGACGAAUUCCAACAACAGUACUUGCAAUCACUCAACAGCACUGAAAAGACAAUUUGGGUUGAUAUUAGUAAAGUUAUUCCCUAUACCACGUUCCAGUCACUUUUACGGUAUUGGUACACGUCCGAAUUCUUUCCAGAACAGUACCAGGCCUCUUUAGUAGUGGCGGAUACCCCUUCAUCGGUUGGCUCAACGAUAUCCAAUGGCUCAACCUUUUCUACGACAAGCACCAAGAGCAGUCUGUCAUCGUGCAGUAACAACAACAACAAUGAUGACAUGCCAUAUCUGAAACAGCCCACCGUUCGCGCUGAAAUCGAACAACUGGAACAACGAUUGGGAUUCAGAUUAUUGCCAGAAACCAAACAGCAACAAGUACAGCAAGAAGCAGCGGCAGCAGCAACAGCAGGAGCAAAAGGAGCAGCAGCAGCAGCCAUAAAAGCAAAAGCAAAAGCAAAAGCAGCAGCAGGACCAGCAGGACCAGCAGACGAUUUUGAGCAACUUGUGUGCGAUUUAGAUUGUAUGCGCGGUCAGCAGCUCGGCAGCGAUGUGAUGGUGACCCUAUUUACCCCUACUCCACCUCCUUCAACGAUUGCCACAACUACCACUACUACUACUACUACUACCACCACCAGCAACAUCAAAAACAAGACAACCAAUGCCGCUACAACUUUGAACGGAAAAGAAAUCCCGUCUAUCCUAUUUACACACCCCAAAGCCCCGACAGCAACGACAACAGCAACAGCAACAGCAGCAGCAACAGCAACAGCAAGCAACGGCGCACAAUCAGUGGCAUCGUCUUCAUUUCCCGCACAUCGGUUCAUUUUAGCGUCACAGUCACCCUAUUUUUAUGCCAUGUUCUGCACCCAAUUUCGCGAGGCAUCCUCUUCGACUGUACAUUUACCCGGAGACCUGUUUGCUCCGAUCACCACCCAAGUCAUCCUGCGUUACUUUUACACCGACAAGCUCGUUGUGCCGCCACUGCGCACACUGCCAUCCGCACCGGCCCAACGCCGGCUGACUGAAAAGAAGCAUGCGCUGCGUGUCCUCCAGCAAGUGUUCCCUGCAGCCGACUACCUGGGCCACUUUGACACGAUCUGUGAAGCGAUCCUGCACGAGAUGGACACGAUAUGCCACGGCUUCAAAUGCCUGUGUGCCGAUUGUGCUGUGCUUUUACCGUCGAUGCUCUGGUUUGCAGACAAGCAUGUUGCCACGAUCCCGUUGCUACGUCCAGCUCUGAUGGCGCUCUAUGCAGACCCUGUGCAUUCGGUUGCACCGCUUUGGUCCCAGCAGACAUUCGCUGUCCUUGUAGGCCACAUGGCACCGACGGCCUCCUUGCUGGCCGAAUACACGAUCGCAUCGAUCUUUUGCAACAUGGAGAAUGCGGCCAAUGCACCCAACACACUCAUCGCUGAGCUGUCGCAACAAACACUCGGCAACGUCACGAAACACAAUGCAAUCCAUGUCUUGCACUCGCUGCAUUUGUGUUUGUCACAGAUCAGAAGCGCUAAUCCAUUCCCCACAUGGUCCACGCCGGCGCUUGACUUGGUCAACCCUAUCCUGCAUCACACCGUCGACAUGAUCUCGCAGAAUUUCGAUUUCUACUGUGUCGAGUACCCGAUCUUGCUGUCAUGUGUCGAUGGCAUUGGCGUUGGCUUCUCGGUCGACUUUUUGGAGUUCUUGCUCAAGCGUGUCUUGGGCAAUGGCAUACGCGAUUCGAAUGCUGCCGUCUUGUAUCAGGGCAUCGUCAGGGAUCUGGUCGGUCGCCAAGAAGUCGUCAAGAAUGUCGCCGUCGAUGGCGUUCUCAUGGAUGCUCGCAAUCAGUGUGCAGAGUUUUUGGCUCGUCGUUGGGUUCACGUCAAGGAACAAGGUGGUUUUGGCAAGAUUGACAAGGAUGUCAUGCGCAGUUUGUCAGACGACAUUGGUGUGCCGUAUCGUGCAUUGACGAAACCCAUUGAGUCGGAUUUCGCUGCCAUGUUUGGAUUCAAGUCAAAACCUGUUUGCGGACACAACGGUCAAAUAAUGCCUUAA